UGUGGCGCGGCGGUUGCUGUGAUACCGGCUGCGCGGUCUGCGGGGCUUCAUGGCUGCGUGGGAGGCCGUGAGACUUAAAAAAGGGAACAAAUAUGGCCAGCAGCCACAGACCUCCAAUAGCUCGUCCUUCUUGGAGAGCAGGAAUAGGACUGAAUAAGCCUACCUCUGCAUCAAGGACUCCAUCAGCAACCAGAAUAGGAACAGGGAUGCCUCCUAGUACAUCAAGACCUGGUUCUCGUGGUGUUUCUUCAACUACUGGAGGAGUCUUACCAUCUCAGAUUAAAGUUGCAGACCGCCCGGUGACUCAGCAGGGAUUAAGUGGAAUGAAAACUGCAGUGAAAGGUCCUCAGAGACAGAUAAUGGAUAAAACAUACUACUUAGGACUGCUGAGAACCAAAACAAAUGAACUCACAACAGAAAUUAACAAGCUGCAGGAAGAUGUAGAUACUUACAAGCAAGAGAAAUCUGUCUAUUUGUCAUAUGAAAAAAGGGCAGAGGCUUUAGCUGAUGAAAUAAAGGAACUUCAAGGUCAAGUAGCAGACUACAACAUGGUUGUGGAUAUACUUAAUACCAAUACAGAUACUGCAGAAGUGAUUAGAGAGUACAAUAUGUUAAAGGCUCAGAAUGACCGAGACACUCAGAGUGUGGAUAAAAUUUUCACGGAAAGACAAGCCAUAGAAAAGUUAAUUCAUGAUGUAGAAGAAGAUAUUGAACGUGAAAAGGUUGUAGCAGAUGACAUAAUAAAAGACAUGUCGCAGGAAAAUCAAGCAAAAUAUAUGAAGAUGAAGGCUGCAAACGAAAAACUUUCCCAGGAAUUGGUUGUUCAACAGCAGGAAUUGGAUUCGCUAAAUGUAAAGGAGGAGUUGCUAAGUGCUAAAGUAGCACACUCACAGGUGAAGCAGAAGGCUGUGCAGCUGUAUGAGAAGCUUCAUGAGCUCGAGGAACGUCGAGAUCAAAUGAUUGCUGAGGAUAAGAACAUGGAAUCUCCACAGGAGGAAAGAGAGAGGUUACUAAAGCAGAUUAAGGACGAUAGUCAAGAAAUAGCAAGCAUGGAAAGACAGCUGGCAGAAGUAAAUGCAAAAACAAGCCAUUUUAAAAAGGUCAUUCAACGACUUGAUAUGGAUCUGGAGAAUCAUCAAGGAGAUGAAAAUUGGAAAUACAAGGAGCUGAAGAAGAGGGAAGAGAGCAUGGACAAUUUUCUUGAGACUUUUGAAGAGAUGAAGAAGCAGGAAUUGGAACGAAAGGCCCAAAUAGAAGCUAACAUUGUUGCACUCCUGGAGCACUCAAGCAGAAAUGUGAAUCGUAUGAAACAAAUUUCAUCUGUUACCAAUCAAGAGCUGAAGAUUAUGCAGGAAGACCUCUCUUUCAAAUCAAAUGAAAUGCAGAAAUCACAGAGCACUGCUAAGAAUCUGCUUACAGAGAUUCAAAAACUGCAAAUGGACCUACAGAAGAUGGAACUCUUGGAGGGCAAGAUGGUAGAUGAAGUGGCUUCUCUUAAAGGCAAAAUUGAACAAACAAAAUCGGAUUUGGAGGUCUAUAAUAAUUUGCCAGCUCUGAAAGUAUCAGGAGAAGAUAAGAUAAAGAGGCUCCAGGAUGACAAAGAGAAACUAACAAAACGAAGACAUGCUUUCAAGAAAAUAAUUGAACACUUGAAUACAGAGUAUGAGACAAUAAUGACAGAGCUUCAAGAGAACGAGACAUAUUCUCAGCUUACAAAUUUGGAGAGGAAGUGGCAACACCUUGAGCAAAAUAACUUUAUGAUGAAGGAAUUCAUAGCAACAAAAAGUCAGGAGAGUGACUAUCAGCCAAUAAUGAAGAACGUGAGAAAGCUUGUGAAAGAACACAAUAAAGCUCUCAUUGAAGCUUUACAGUACUCCAAGAACUGAAAAAAAAUGAGUUUCCUACAGUUCCUGGAAAGGUUUCUUCCUCCUCUUGUAGGCAGGUUUUUUUACUAUGCAAGGAGUUAGAUGCUUGUAUUGUUCCUUUUCUGGUUCUGUUCUGGUUCGUUUGCUUUCCUUAGUGACAAACAACCCUAAAAUUAACUACCUCUUCCCAUUCUUCCUCACCUAAGCUUACCACUAGGGACCCAAGUUCACGACCUACUUCCAAUACAUUCUACAUGCUGGGGCAUCUGCUAUUCUGCCUUUGCUUCCCACCAGUCUCAUAUUCUUUUCAUGCCCUGAUGCCUUAAUUUGUCCCCAAAGCUUAAUGACAUGGCAGAUCUUAAACCAUCACCCUUUGCAUGGCCAAAUUUCUUACUUAUCUUGAUUAAGUCCUGACACCUCUCCAAGACUCGGCAUCCUUCUCAAAGACUUGCAGAGGCAGAUUUUCCAUGUUGUUACCAGACAGCACCACAGAGUUGCCAGUGGCCACUGAGACGUCCUGUGCUCCCAAGGGUAUUGUAACAGUGCUCUUAAGGUAGACCAUUAGGAGGGGAUACUAAUUGGACUGGCUGGUUCUGCAACUGUUUUAAUGGUCUACUAACUGAAGGGCCACAUUUUAAAAUAUUGAUAGUAACACCUGUCAUUAGCAUGAACUAGAAAUGUUCAUCUCCAGUAUCUGAAUGCAGAUGUCCUUUGUCAGUUCAAACUGACUGCAGUCCUGCAUUGUUGUCUUCAAGUUGCAAACUAACAAGUACAGUCAGUUUCUGAGCCAGUGUAAAUACAUGCACACAGCUGAUCAAUAAAUUCUAUUUUAAAACUUA